AUAACCUUUUCCCUCUCUGCUUUCCAUACUACAGACAUGAGCGAAAAGGCCUUUGAGUUCCCCAAAAAGUCAGAUAACUCCUUUGUCAGUCUGACUGCAGUCCUAAAGAAGCCACUCAAUGCCUUCACCGUGUGCCUUCACGUCUAUACAGAGCUGAGCCGUGAAUAUAGCCUCUUUUCUUAAGCCACAAAGACACUAGAUAAUGAAAUCCUCCUCUACAAGGAAAAGACUGGAGAGUACAGUUUAUCUGUGGGUGAAGCUGAGGUAGUUUUCAAGCCUCCUGAGAGUUCUCCUGCACCGUUGCACCUCUGUGCUAGUUGGGAGUCCAUCUCAGGAAUUGCAGAGCUCUGGGUGGAUGGGAAGCCCAUGGUAAGGAAGAGUCUGAAGAAGGGGUAUAUUGUGGGGACAGAGGCGAGCAUCAUCCUGGGACAGAAGCAGGAUUCAUUUGGUGGGAGCUUUGAUGCAGACCAGUCUUUGGUGGGAGACACUGGAGAUGUGAACAUGUGGGACUUUGUGCUGUCACCAGAUGAGAUUAACGUGGUCUGUGUUGGUGGGACCAUCAGUCCUAAUGUCCUGAAUUGACGGGCACUGAUCUAUGAAGUUCAUGGUGAAGUGUUCACGAAACCCCAGCUGUGGCCCUGA